AUGCCACUCAAGACAGCUUCGGUGGUUUUGGUGCUAGCUGUAGCUCUUGCUUUGUUCAGUGCAGUUGGCAAAGCUGUCGUUGAAGACCCAACUCAUAGUAACUUUGCCACACAGGUUUCUUCCUGUGCAGAAACCAAGCGGUACUUCAUCUACAACGACAAAGAGCUUACCUUCUUUGAGGCAUGGCACCAGUGCCGAUCCUACGGACUGCGGCUGGCCAUGGUAAACAGUGUUGUGGAUGAUGCGAAGCUAAAGUUGGCAUUUGCUGAGAAGGAUUUUGGUCAGAAAGAAGUAUAUUGGAUCGCCGCGACCAAUAUUGGAAGAAACGGAAGCUAUGUGUGGAUCACCGAUAACAAACCGAUCAUUUACACGAACUUUCUUCCACAACAACCGGACAACUACGGAGGAGAUGAACACUGCAUAGAGGUGGGAUUUGGUGGAAUUGGUACUACUCAAUGGAAUGACAGACAGUGUGAAAAAAAGUCAAGAUACAUUUGUGAGCUAGAAAAUGGUGGAUGUUGACAAAUAUAAGAAAAUGUCUGAAAAAAGCACGGGCUAUAAUGCUGAAUAUACUUAUGUUUUCAAAAUUCAAAAGCCUAAAUAUGUAUUCAAAUAAAGAAUAUUACAGCUA